AUGCCUACCGCGUUAUCGCUCGCUCUCUCGACCCUUUCCGAUUCUGCUGCGCCUCCAACACUGUCCGCCAUCCUGCCUCAUUACAUCCGCUUCGCAGGCUACCCUCCCACCGCGCUCCCCAAGCAAAGCGGCGCGCCUCUUAGUGCCGCGGCACAGAUCACGUCCCCGAUCGCGGUCGCCGCGCUCCGGGCCUUUGAGCACGCCCUGGACAAGCACCCCGCCUCGUCGAGCCUCGUCCGGGACCUCCGGCGCGCAUACUGGCGUCUGCGCCUCGGUGCGGACAUUGUGCCCUGCAGAUGCUGUGACGCCGCCAUGGCCGCCAUGGUUGCGGGGGACGCGCCACCGGUGAAGCUGGCGCGGGAGACGGAGCGCGCGCUGUGGGCGUUCGCGGAGGCCGAAGAGGAUGACCGGGCUGAGAUGCGGUUGCGUAAGAUGAGGAAGCGGCGCGUUGCAGUUUUAGAGCCAUACCCUUUUGUAUCGGCUGGCUCACCGCCGGAUGGCAUAGUUCUCGAGACGGCCAUGGAUAAACUUGAUACCUAUAAUCCAAUAGAUGGGCAGACAUCAGACGGUGUUGCCCGAACGUUUAUCGACUGCUUCUGA